AAAUAUGGACAUGGACCCGCGCGGAACCACUUUGAAAAAACUGCCCGGGGCUCGUGCAGCUGCUAGUCUCAUCCUCGCGCUCUCUCGCAGCCUCUUCAGUCCACCUCCAUCCUUGAAACAGCUCCCGACUGUCCGGAUAGCCGAGCUCCCUUCUGCCUCUGCUCAGACCACACAGCCCGACGAAACAUGGAGGCCAUCAAGAAGAAAAUGCAGAUGCUGAAGCUGGAUAAGGAGAACGCGAUUGACCGAGCCGAGCAGGCUGAGGGGGACAAGAAGGGAGCAGAGGACAAAUGCAAACAGCUGGAAGAAGAGCUGCUGGGUCUGCAGAAGAAGCUCAAAGGAGUGGAAGAUGAGCUGGACAAAUACUCUGAAUCCCUGAAGGAUGCCCAGGAAAAGCUUGAGCAGGCAGAGAAAAAAGCAACUGAUGCUGAGGCUGAAGUGGCGUCUCUAAACAGGCGUAUCCAGCUGGUGGAGGAGGAGUUGGACCGAGCUCAGGAGAGACUGGCUACUGCUCUGCAGAAGCUGGAGGAGGCUGAGAAAGCUGCAGAUGAGAGCGAGAGAGGAAUGAAGGUUAUAGAGAACAGAGCAACAAAAGAUGAAGAAAAAAUGGAGAUCCAGGAGAUGCAGCUGAAGGAAGCCAAACACAUCGCUGAGGAGGCAGACCGAAAAUAUGAAGAGGUUGCACGUAAACUGGUGAUCCUGGAGGGUGACCUGGAGCGCUCAGAGGAGCGUGCUGAGGUGGCUGAGGCGCGAGUGAGGGAGCUGGAGGAGGAGCUCAGACUAAUGGAUCAGAAUUUGAAAUCCAUGAUGUGUGGCGAGGAAGAGUACUCACAGAAGGAGGACAAAUAUGAAGAGGAAAUUAAAGUUCUUACUGACAAGCUGAAGGAGGCAGAGACCCGUGCAGAGUUUGCAGAGAGGUCUGUGGCCAAGCUGGAGAAAACUAUUGAUGAUUUGGAAGAUGAAGUGUAUGCUCAGAAGCUAAAGGGCAAGGCUCUCAGUGAGGAGCUGGAUCUGGCCCUCAACGACAUGACUACACUGUAGAUGCUCUCUGUCUUCCUCUCUGCCCCUUCCUCCUGUGUGAACUCUUCUUCGCCUGUCUGCUGUUUUUCCAUUUCACAGUGGUAUUAUGGGCUAGAAGGUUCUUGAGGUGCAAUGUGCUAAAUUCACAAACCCUUUAGUAAGCUGUAUCUCUAUUACUCAGGACUGAUCUUUUUACAGAAAAUCACUGCUACGUGUCUAUAGUUCACUGAGUUAAUAUUCUCUCAUUAGUGAAAUAUUCAUGUUAACCUGUUUUCCCCUCUGUCUCUGUAAUAAAUGAUUUAAAUUUCUCUUGCCUUUUCUGUUUUCUCCCAGUUUCUUUCUCUUCUGCUUAUUUCACACUCUAAACAAUGUUACGAAAUACAAUGCUUCAUGAAUCACACCAGAUAUAUACAAUAGAUAGACAGAUAGAUAGAUGGAUAUAGAUAUGCCCUCACACACAUCACUGAUGUAUUAAAACUCUAGUGGUUUGAUAGAAUACACAUAAUUUGUUUCAUUUUUUAUUUGGUUUUCUUUAGUUUUCAGUUCAUUUUAGUUUGUCUCUUUCUCUUCUGGUGGUAGUUUGCUCCAUUGAUCAUAAGGUUGGAGGUUCGACACCCAGCCCCUGCGCCUGUGAAAAAAUAAUAAAAUAAAAAAAUUUCUUAUAAAAAAUAAGAAAUUCUGUAUGUAUAAAUAAGGAUUAUUUUUCUUUAUGUGUGUAAUCAGACUUUGUCUUUAGACAAGACACUGAACCUUAAGUUGCUCCUGAUGACAAGAAGGCACCUUGCAUGGAAGUUAUUUCGCCAGUGGUGUGUGAAUGAGAAACACAUUGGAAAGCGCUUUGAGUACCAGUAAGGUAGAAAUAUGCAGACCGUGAACCAUAUGUAGAGUCCUUGGCCCAUUAGAUGAUCAAGCGCCAUGGUAACUCAUGCUGAAUUCCUAACCUGCUCUGGUGCAGAUUAUGUUCCAGUUAACAGAUCAGCAUGUACAAAAGCACCAACCAGCACCGACCAAUCAGUUGUCUUGGAAAAGGGCAUCAGCAUUCUUGGAAGAUCAUGGAAAUCUAGCAUACAGAUAGUCAGAGGAGAAGAGAGUCUUAGAGCUGCAAGCCAUUAUAAAUUCAUUUCACUGGUCUAUACGCCUGUGCCAGCGUAUGUGGUAUAACUAGCUCAGAUAUAUAAGGUGGUGCAUGUCCAUGCAAGGCUACUUAGGCAAGUUAACCUUAAAACCAGCUUCUGCUUGUACCAACAGCCAAAUAACAAAGGCCAAAAUGGGUAUUAUACGAUCUUAUUUGAACAUUUUUGUUAAGAUUCAAUUUGCAGCAUUCCGAACAAUCUGAAAACUAAUAGCACUAAUAGCAGAAAAAGGGUAUUACAGUAAUCAAGUGUGGAGGAUACACAUGCAUGGAUCACUGGUUCAGCCUCAUACUGUGACAGAGUAAGUUGGAUUUUAGGGAAAAAUGCUGUCUUGACAAAAUCCCUAAUAUGAGACUGGAAUGUCAGACAUCCAUCCAUCCAUCCAUCCAUCCAUCCAUUCAUUAAUUCAUUCAUUAUAUACACACUGCUUAAUCCUCUGUAGGGUUGUGAGGGGCUGGAGUCUCUCAGCUGACUUAGGGUGAAGGCAGAUGACACCCUGGACAGGUCACCAGUCUGUCACAGGGCUACACAUAGAGACAAACAAGCACACUGACAUUCACACCUAUGAAAUAACCCACGCACAGAUAACUUGCAGCACCACACAGAAAGAUCCCAGUCCCAGGCCGAGACAAACCAGGGAUGUUGUAGCUGUGAGGUGACGGUGCGAACAACUAAGCUACAGCCCAUACGGGAAUCCAAAAUCAUCACGUCAAAGGUUUGGUCCAGCUUCAAGUAAUAAUACAGCCAUCAACGGUAAUACAAACUCCUAUACAAAUGCCUAUAUUUUUACCAGGUCCAACAGCUUUGAAUAGCAAAACAUUCAUGCGCAUCUAUUUUUUAUUUCUGAUAGACACGCCUCAAAAUGACUCCCAGUUGAGGGACGGAAGAGGUCAUUUUGUUUUACAAUACAUGUACCGUAUUUUCACGACUAUAAGGCGCACAUAAAAGUCUUAGAUUUUCUUCAAAUUGUGCGGCGCGCCCUAUGGUGCAGUGCGUCCUGUGUGUUGUUGUUGUUGUAAGGCGGACGUAGAGCAGGUGUUUUUUUCCACGCAUCACCAUCGCUGUUGAUCUGUGACUCUAUGCGUGCCCAUCUCACAGCCGAUGUGAAAAAACAAGUGAAGCAAAUGAACUCUGAGCUUGCUGUCAUUCCGGGAGGCCUGACAAAGGAACUCCAACCGCUGGACAUCGGUGUGAACCGGCCGUUCAAAGUAAGGCUGCGAGCGGCGUGGGAGCGAUGGAUGACCGAUGGAGACCACAGUUUCACUAAGAGUGGAAGGCAGCGCCGGGCGAGUUACGCCACAAUUUGCCAAUGGAUUGUAGAUGCUUGGGCUAACGUGUCUGCUGGCACUGUUGUUCGAGCUUUCGCAAAAGCCGGCAUCAUUUCCGAGGCGCCGCACGGCACGGAAAGUGACUCUGACAGUGAAGAAAGUGAACCUGGCAUGUUUGAUGGAGGUUUAGCGCAGCUGUUCAAUUCAGAAACAGAGGAUGAGGACUUCCAUGGGUUUGAUUGAUGACGAUUACCGGUUAAAAAAAAAAAAAAGUGAAUACCAAACUCAGUUUUGCUCCCGCUCUAUUUUUAAAUACGCACACUUGUGUGCUUGUUUUAUCUGUGUUUUACCAUGCCCGCGACUAUUGAUGAUUUAAAAAAUGUUAGUACUUUGUAAUCAAUACUUAAAUAAAGCACAACCAAACUCA